AUGGAAAACCCCACUCCCUUCUCUGAGGCCCCGAAGGUCGUGCUUGAUAAGCUGACCGCAUCUUUGGUUCCAGAGUACGUGGAGUUCCUUGUUUCACAAGACCCUGAGGUGCUUAGUGCACGUGUUCAAGGCUUUAUGCAGUAUGAAGCGACCCUUCCAGGGCAUGUCCAAGACCAAGUAGCUUCGGCUGUGCCUACACGCUAUGUGUCUGUCCCAGACGAAGAUGCUGGGCCUCUUCCACUUUGA